ACUCUAACGAAAGUGAAAAGUUAAUUGAACCUAUGCAACACAGAGUUGUGUAAAACAUUAAGUAGCACUUCCCUAUCCCUUCUAAUCAACCACCUUCAAGUAACCAAUGUGAACAGUCCAUUGUUUCCUCCCAUGCCUUAAGCUCCGAAAAAUGGGAUCAUGUCUCACCACUGUAAUUUGGGAUGGAUUUUAAGUGUUAAGUCAUUCCAUUUAGGGUCACAGAAUAUCUUCAUUGGCAAGCAGCUAAAAUUAUUCACAUUAUUUUCUAUCCUUUAAUAAUGUCAUAAAGUGAAGUUUGGGAUUCUGGGACAUUUUUGUGAAAUUUAUUUUUAAGUGUUUUAAGUGUUUUAUAUAUAUUUUUUUCAUUAUUAUGAAUGACAGUUCACCCACCACAGGUGCAAUGGUAUCAUUAUCAGAAAGUGAGGAGUCUCAGGACUCAUCAGAUAGUAUAGGCUCUUCACAGAAAGCCUGCGGGAUCCUAGCAUGGUGUGCAUCUUGCAGAAAAAUUUUGAAAGGUUUAUCUUCUGAAGAUACAUGGGGCAGAACAGAAGACAGAGAAAACCCUGGAGUUUCUGCUGUCACUUCUAUGUCUGUCCCAACUCCCAUCUAUCAAACUAGCAAUGGACAGUACAUUGCCAUUGCCCCAAAGGGAGACUUACAACUGGCCAGUUCAGGCACAGAUGGAGUACAGGGACUUCAGACAUUAACCAUGACAAAUUCAGUCAGUACUCAGCAAGGGACAAUUCUCCAGCAUGCACAGACCUCCGAUGGACAGCAAAUACUUGUGCCUAGCAACCAGGUGGUUGUACAAACUGCAUCAGGAGAUAUGCGCACAUAUCAGAUCUGUACCACCCCUUCAGCUAUUUCGCUGCCACAACCUGUGGUAAUGAUAUUUCCUGUGACACUUAUAUCUCAGACAACUAAGACAGAUGACCCCCAACUGAAAAGAGAUAGGUCAAUGAAAAACAGAGAAGCUGCGCAAGAAUGUCUCAUAAAGAAGAAAGAAUAUGUGAAAUGCCUGGAAAAUCGGGUUGCAGUCUUGGAAAAUCAAAAUAAAACUCUAAUAGAAGAGUUAAAAACUUUGAAGGAUCUUUAUUCCCAUAAAGGUAUUUGAUUAAGAAAGAAAAUAUUUUUGCAGACUUCCUAAAAUUUAUAUGGGAUUUCUUUUCUUUUUAGAGGAGGUUUAUAAAUUAAAAGGCCAAAAAUGAAGCAUUUUAUUUAGGCUUU